AUGAGUUCUUACGUCGCCAAUUCGUUUUAUAAGCAAAGUCCCCCUGUUCCUGCCUAUGCCAUGCAAAGUUAUGGAAAUUAUGGAAGUGUGCCUGAGGUUCAGCCACCCAGGUACCGCUACGGUGGCUUGGAUCUAAGCAUCACCCCCCCCUCCUCCGGGGCUGCCAGCUUGGCCAUGUCUGCGACCACCCGAGCUAACCCCGAGAGAUCUAAGAGCUCGGGUGAAAUCAAAGCCGAACCAGUGCAAACAGCACAACAAGGAGGACCACAACUGCAGCAGCAACAACCUCCACAAAUUUACCCCUGGAUGACCAAACUACACAUGAGCCAUG